AUGGAAGACGCCGGCAGCAACAAGCAGCGACAGGCCACGCGAGUCUUCAAGAAGAGCUCGCCAAAUGGCAAGAUUACCGUAUACUUAGGGAAAAGAGACUUCGUAGACCACAUCACACAUGUAGACCCGAUUGAUGGAGUAGUCCUAAUUGACCCAGAAUAUGUGAAGGACAGGAAGGUGUUUGGCCAUGUACUGGCCGCGUUCAGGUACGGCCGGGAGGACCUCGAUGUACUGGGGCUCACCUUUCGCAAAGAUCUCUACUUGGCCGCUGAACAGAUAUACCCAGCGACGAACACAACAAAGCGGCCUCUGACGCGGCUGCAGGAGAGGCUGGUCCGCAAGCUAGGCGCGGCCGCGCAUCCCUUCUACUUCGAGCUGCCGCCGCACUGCCCCGCCUCCGUCACCCUGCAGCCCGCGCCCGGCGAGACAGGCAAGCCUUGCGGGGUAGACUACGAGCUGAAGGCGUUCGUCGCAGACUCCCAGGAUGACAAGCCACACAAGAGCACGCCCACGCAGUCGGCUGCGAAAACAUUGCGGAAGCAGACCAAAAUGUUUGAACACGUAUCACGUUUCGCACCGAAAGCGCAGCGGAAUUCUGUGCGGUUAGCUAUCAGGAAGAUAAUGUAUGCGCCGAGCAAGCAAGGCGAGCAACCUUCCGUCGAAGUAUCCAAAGAAUUUAUGAUGAGCCCCAACAAACUGUAUCUGGAAGCUUCCCUAGAUAAGGAGUUAUACCACCACGGCGAGAACAUAGCAGUGAACGUACACAUAGCGAACAAUUCCAACCGGUCGGUGAAGCGUAUCAAGGUGUCCGUGCGCCAGUUCGCAGACAUCUGUCUCUUCUCCACCGCGCAGUACAAGUGCACCGUCGCUGAAACAGAGAGCGAGGAGGGGUGUCCAGUGGGCCCCGGGUUCACCCUGAGCAAGGUGUUCACGGUGACACCACUGCUGGCCAACAACAAGGACAAGUGGGGCCUCGCACUCGACGGACAGCUCAAACACGAGGACACCAACCUCGCAUCCAGCACGCUCAUCGCCGAUCCAUCGCAACGAGAAAAUUUAGGCAUCAUAGUGCAGUAUAAAGUCAAAGUGAAAUUAUGUCUCGGACCUCUCGGCGGGGACUUGAGUGCGGAGCUGCCGUUCAUCCUGAUGCACCCCAAACCCGAGGAGGAGCCGCGCGCCGCCCCCGACGCCCCGCGCGUACAAGACCAUGACCUCAUUCAGCUAGAUCCACAUCCCGACGAGAACGGUCAAGAGCAAGAUGACGACAUAAUAUUUGAGGACUUCGCGCGGCUCCGACUGAAGGGUGCUGACGCGGAUGCCUGA